AUGAGUAACGCGUACGUUAUGAAACGAGGUUUGCGAGAAGAGAUGAUUCAGUUCGACAAGUUACUGUCCCGGAUCAACAGAUUAUGCUAUGGUCUUGAUAUGAGAUUUGUUCACCCAAUCCAAAUCGCGAAAAAAGUCAUGCAAGGUAUCUGUCAAACUGUAACCACGGUCGAAUUAGAUGUUCUGGCCGCGGAAACUGCCGCAUAUCUCACAAUCCAUCAUCCCGAUUAUGCUAUCCUAGCAGCUAGAAUUGCUGUUUCAAACUUGCAUAAAAUAACUGAAAAGAAGUUUUCCGAUGUGAUCAACGACCUGUACAAUUACGUCAAUCCAACCACUGGAGAGCCAGCGGCGAUGAUAUCCGAAGUCAGCUAUCGGACGGUGAUGGCACACAAGGAAACUCUUGACUCUGCCAUUAUCUAUAGUCGGGAUUUCACAUACAAUUACUUUGGUUUCAAAACGUUGGAACGAUCUUAUCUGCUUAGGUUGAACGGACGUAUUGUUGAGCGUCCGCAACAUAUGCUAAUGCGUGUUGCUGUCGGAAUACAUGGAGAUGAUAUUGAGCAUGUGUUGCAGACGUACAACCUUAUGUCCGAGCGAUAUUUCACUCAUGCAACUCCGACGCUUUUCAGUGCAGGUACUCCUUCGCCCCAAAUGUCAUCGUGUUUUUUGGUCUGCAUGAAAGAAGAUUCUAUUGAAGGAAUAUUCGAGACGUUGAAAAACUGCGCCUUGAUUAGUAAAACAGCUGGUGGUAUAGGACUUAGUAUACACGAUGUUCGGGCUAGUGGUUCGUAUAUCAGCGGCACGAAUGGUUAUUCCAAUGGGAUAGUGCCAAUGCUUCAGGUCUUUAACGCUACGGCACGAUAUGUAGAUCAGGGUGGUAACAAACGCCCGGGUUCAUUUGCAAUUUAUAUAGAACCUUGGCAUGCGGACAUUUUCGAGAUUAUCGAUCUGCGGAAAAACCAUGGAAAAGAGGAACUACGGGCUCGUGAUUUGUUCUAUGCGUUGUGGGUUCCAGACUUGUUUAUGCAGCGGGUUGAAGCAGAUGGCGAUUGGGCUCUUUUUUGUCCUAGAGAAGCCCCAGGACUUUGUGAUGUUUACGGAGCCGAAUUCCAAAUUCUUUAUGAACGCUAUGAACGAGAAGGUCGAGCUCGAAAAAACAUUUCUGCACAGAAGUUGUGGAAUCAUAUAUUGGAAGCUCAAAUAGAGACAGGGACUCCUUUUAUACUCUAUAAAGAUGCUUGUAAUGCCAAGUCUAACCAGAAAAAUCUCGGUGUGAUUAAAUCAUCAAAUCUUUGCACUGAAAUAGUGCAGUACUCGUCUGCGAAUGAAGUUGCUGUUUGCAAUCUCGCAUCCCUUGCUCUACCUGCCUUCAUUAUCAAGAAUGCGUCUGGUAAUUCUAAAUAUGAUUUUCACAAGUUGCACAAUGUCACGAAGACAGUUACCUUCAACCUGAAUCGUAUAAUCGAUCGUAAUUUUUAUCCUCUUGUCGAGGCUCGUCAAUCAAACACGCGUAAUCGUCCUAUUGGCAUCGGAGUUCAGGGGUUGGCAGAUACCUUUAUGGCGUUGAAAAUGGCGUUUGACUCUACGGAAGCAAAACAGUUGAAUGUCAGUAUAUUCGAAACAAUAUACCACGGAGCAUGCGAGGCAAGUUGCGAGAUCGCAAUGACGGAUGGUCCUUACGCGACUUGGAGAGGUAGUCCUGCUCAGCAGGGUAAGUUGCAGUUCGAUUUGUGGGGCGUAUGCCCUACAGAUUUGUGGGAUUGGAGUGUAUUAAAGGAUAAUAUCUCAAAACAUGGCAUGAGAAACUCGUUGCUUGUUGCACCGAUGCCUACUGCGUCUACGAGUCAGAUACUUGGCUUCAAUGAAUGUUUCGAACCUUACACUAGCAAUGUGUAUACCCGUCGCGUUCUUGCAGGCGAAUUCCAAAUCGUUUGUCCUUGGCUGGUAAAAGAUUUGGUUGAUUUAGGUCUUUGGAACGACCAAACGAAAAUGAUGCUGAUGGCGGACCACGGUUCAGUUCAGAACAUACCAGCUAUCCCUGACAACGUCAAGUCUGUUUAUAAAACGGUUUGGGAAAUUUCUCAAAAAACGAUUUUGGACCUUGCCGUGGAUCGUGGCGCGUUCAUCUGCCAAAGUCAGAGUUUGAAUAUUCAUCUUGCCUCUCCAUCUAUGGGUCAGCUAACAAGUAUGCAUUUUUAUGGAUGGAGAAAAGGCUUGAAAACUGGAAUGUAUUAUCUGAGAACAAGAUCAGCUGCACGGCCUAUUCAGAUCACUGUUGAUAAUGUGAUAUCGAAGGAGAUGAAGAAUCGUCGAUCUGUUUUCGGGUUCAAUAACGUUGUAAAUUCUACAGUCACCGAAACUGCCGCGAUUUCGUCCACACAAGCUGACGGGUGUUCUUUUACGUCCACGGAUUUAGCCUCGUCGACGCAGAGGUCGUAUACGUCCUCGAUGCCUACUGAUGCUUCCAAGGAAGUGUUCAGCUCGGGGACGCAAAUUCGUUUGUGA